AUGACCUCGCUCCGGAGGGCGCUCAAGGCAUCUUUGAAUGUUGAGAAGCCUCCUCCUUCGACAUCGCACAGAGGGCGUGGGGGCAAUUCUGCAGGUGGCCCGGCGGAUAGACACAGGCGUUGUGGGGACGAUGUCGGAGGGGACAGGUUCGGCGUGAGCUCCGACCGGAAUCGCACCGGGAGCGGGAGUAGCUCCAGGGGCCGAGCCGGACGCCGCGGACGAAGCUCGGGAGAUGGAGGCGACGACUCCUCCGAAGAGGCGGACAGCGACGAAAUGGACGAAUCGGACUCCGAUGAUGAAACCCCCAUGACCAGCAGCCGCGGCAGGGCGACGGUACCGGACCGACGUCACGGGUCGGGGGGCGCCACGAAGCCCAAGCAGGGAGAGGCGGAGCCGGUGUCGCCGCCGAGGCAGAGCGUUAUCGCGGCGGCCCACGGGGCAGAGGUGGGGUCACAGAUCAAGGUCAAGUUCGACACCGGCCACUGGUACAGCGGGACUAUCCUCAAGGUCGACAAGAAAGGGGGUAUGAUUCGCAUCGACUACGACGACGGCACGCAAGAGGUCUCCGACAUCCCCGACAGUGACAUCGUGAUCUACCCCUGGCGCCCGCUGGAGCAGCGCGUCCGCCCGCGGACCCUCGCUCAGAUGCGGGACGAAGAGGCGGAGGCCAAGGCCAACGCCACCAAAUCUGACGCCGCGGGGGGCACGACGACCGGGAGCUCGCCCAAGGUGGCGGUGAAGACCGAGGCGCGUCUCCCCUGGGCCCCCCCGCGAAGCAAGCAGGCGCAGGGCCGCCAGCAUCGGCAGAUGGCCAACAGCAGCAGGCGCGAGCAGCAGCAGCAUUCGAGCGCGCCCGCGCGGGCAGGCAGCGGGCGUGGGGCACCGAAGGCGGCGGCAACAGCGGCUUCGUCGUCUUCAUCGGAAGAGGAGGAGGAGGAGGAGGACGAUUCAGAGGAGUCUGAAGAGGAGGAGGAGGAGGAGGAGGACGAAGGGGAAGACGGAGACGAUGAAUCGGUCCAUAGCGGCGGCGGCGGCGGCGCGAGGGACGCGCGCGAGGCGAGGAAGAACGGCCGGUUACAGCAGCAGCAGCAGCAGCAGCAGCAGCCGAGGAACGGCAAGAUGCUAUCGGCGGCGGCAGCUAGGGGGCGCCAGUCGUCCCAGCGGUCGGCCCCCCGAAAACGACCGGGAAGACGCCACGGGCGGGGCGGGAGCGCGCCGAAACGCCGGCGAGGCGCCCUUGAUGGUACCAACACCCCGAGCGGACAGACGAGCGAAUCCGGUUCAGCUUCCGAGGAGGAGGAAGAAGAGGAGGAGCUGGACGACAUGUCCCUGGGCAUCAAGGCAAAGGCCCGCAGCCCGCGCGCGAGCCCCCGGAGGAAGCCGGCCGCCUCCCCGCCACCCAAGCAGCGCAAGGGGCAGAGGCUCGGCGGCGGCAAAGACGGCUCGAAGGAAGCGCCGCGGAGGGCGGCAGCAGGGGCUCCGCGGACGGGGGGCUCCGCGAGAUCAUCUCGCGCGGCUCCGCCCGUAUCAUCCCCAUCCGCCUGUUCCGGCUCGGAGAGCUCCUCUUCUUCUUCGAGCUCGUCCGCUGGCUCUGAGGACGCGCGCCCGGUCGCGGCGGCGGCGGCGGUAGAGGGGCGGAGCGGCGGGCAGAAGAAAGCGUCGGGGAGCGCGAAGGGCGGCCCAGCGUCCAAGGCUACGUCCGGGGGAGGGGGCGAAGCUCGCCAGAAGGGCGAGGGUGAGCGGGAGGUGGGGAAGCCCGAGGAGGGGCGGGACGCAGCCGUAGCUGUUGCGGCGACGGCGGCGGUCAAGAAGGAGGACGGGAGCAAAGGUGUUAGGGAAGAGAAGGGAAGGGAUGCCAAGGCAGCCGCCGCCGCCGCCCUGCGAAACGGCGGCGUUCAGGGGGAGGAGGGGCGCCGACCACAUAGAACGCAGGAGCCAAAGAAAAGCAAGCAGGCCAAGCCACCAACCGCUGCCGCGGCCAAAGGCGCCCGCACCAGCACCGUCGUCAAGCCGGAGGCCGUUCUGCGUGGGGGAGGGAACGCGUCAAGCGGGUGGAAGGACGGAGCGAAGCCCCCCGCGGACCGACGAGAAGCGACCCCGCCGGUGGAAGUCCUCCCGACUCCCGCCACCGCCGCCGCUGCACGGAGUUCCAACGGGGGGGGGGGCGGGUCGAGGGGGAGGGGAAGGGGCGGCGGCCGCGGGCAGGCGCGGGGGGCAGGAGGAAGGGCGAAGCAGCAGACCAAGCGCGCCGAGCCUGCUGCUAUCGAUGUCCGGCCAGCGGAGGGCAAGGAGCGGGGCGAGAGCACGGCUGCUGCUGCUGCUGCGGCGGCGGCGGCGGCGGCGGCGGCGGCUGGGGUGACUGCGCCCGUCUUGCAAGGGUCAGCGGAGAGGAAGGCGGGGCUGUCGACAGAUGUGUCUUCGAGCACGCGCAAGAGCCCACGAAGCAAGGAGACGCCCUGCUCCCCUCGCUUGGUGGGUAGGGGGGUCAAGGAGAACGAGUUCAGCAGCGGUCCCCCCGAGGUGGCGGAGGCCAAGGCCGGUCCCGUGGCGUGCGCGCAGCGGAGGUCGACGUCUCCCGCCAGUGCGUCGAGCUCUGAGGGCGUCUACGACUUGGAAGGCCCGUCAGGAAAGAGUGCGGGGGAACGAGGGGGGGGCUCCGCGAAGAAGAGCGGUACGGGCCCUGCUGCCGUCGUGUCAGGAAAGGAUGCUUCGCGUGAUUCGGACAAGGGGGAGGCGGAGGCUAGCAAACCAGACGCCCGGAAGGCGGACGGGGCCGGGACACGACGGGAGGACACGAGAGCGGGUGGUGGUUCGGCGGCAGCGGCUGAGGCAAGCGUUCCCCGACGGCCCUCCGCGAACAAGCCGAAGGGCGAGGGCGUCCUUGAGGCGGCGGAAGAAGGCAAGACCGGCGCCGAGAGCACCAGCAGGGCCCCGACCACCGAGGUGACCGCAAAGGCUAAGGUUAUGGUUUCGAAGGCAGAGGUGGUGGCGUCCGGUCCCCCACCAGCCGCCCAACAACGCGACGCCGACGCCGUGAAGUCGGGGGGCUCCUCCCCUUCCAAGCCCGCCGGUACCGCUGCCGCUGCGUCGCCUGUCGACGAGCCCCCCCCUGCGGCCGAGGAGCUCGCCGCCGUCAGCAACGACAAGGCGGAAGAGGGUCUCCUGGCGAACGGUAUCCGAGACGUGGCGAGCGGCGCGAUGGAAGUUGACUCCGCGGACGAGAGCGGUAACACGAGGGGGGAGGAGCCUACCGAGAGUCGUGCCCCCGUGGCGGACCCGCCGGCGCCGAGCGCUGUCCCGUCACCCCCCUGCCCCAAGGCCCAGGAUGCGAUGGACGUAGACUCGGGAGGGGAGGAGGGAGGCGGUGGUGCGGCCACUCCGAAGCGGGAAGAGGCGGCGGUGGUUGUGGCCGGUCCCGUGAAAACCGGCUGCAAGGCCACCAACAGCAGCAAGAUGGGCGAGACCGCUUCCGGAAGCGGUGCCGGUAGAGGCGGACGAGUUGGGGGUAGCCCUGUCCGCAAGAGGCCACGGAGCGAGGAAAAGCAGGGGGCCGAAGCGAAGAGCGGUUGGCCUCCCCCCGUGCCCUCGCGCUCGGCGCGGGCAGGCCCGGAAAGCAUGGACAUCGACGAGGAGAAAGGCGUGCGAGAUACGAACUCGGCAGGCGCCGGUCCCGCGUCUCCGCCCCCGAAGAAGGAUGUUGCAUCGGGCGCUGUUGGGCUGCCCCGUUCGGAGCCAAAGCCGGCGACGCAACGGGACGAGCGUGCGCCCGCGGCUCUGGAGGCUGACGAUCGAGCGUCGAGUCUGUCAGAGGAGCAGCAGACGACCGACGAGGGCAUCGACUCGCCGGAACCCACGAUCGACCCGCCUUCCUCGGCGGUGGGCAGCGGCGGUGCGAAGGUAGAGGCGGACGGGGGCCACCAAGGGCAGGACCCCGGGAGCGGGGGCGGUGAAAAGGGCGAGGAUGGCAACAAGAAGCGCCGGAAUGGCACCGCCGUCUCUUCUUCCUCGGAUGCACGGCGCCCGUCGACGACGAUCGGCCUAGAGAGGGAGGGGGGUAGCAAGGGCAGCGAGCACCGUCAGGUCGAGAACGGGAAAAAGGAGGGACGGCCGGCGCAGUCCGCGCCGGGCGCUGCGUUGGAGAGGGUGUGGGCGGCUGUUUCUGCUGCUGCAGAUGGCACUCACACCGGUCCCCGACCGCCGCCGGUUGGUGCUGCUGCUCCCGCCGCGAAAGAUCCCGACGGCGCACGUGAGUCUCCCACGAAGGAGCAGCAACCGGACUCCCCCGCGAAGCCGCUUUGCUCUUCUCCCUCGAAGCAGCCGGAAUCUACCGCGAAACCGCUGGACUCGUCCCCCACGAAGCAGCAGCCGGAAUCUCCCACGAAGCAACAGCCCGAAUUUCCCACAAAGCAGCAAGAACCGGAACCUCCAACCAAGCAGCCCAGGUCUCCCACCAAGCAGCCGAGAUCUCCCACGAAGGAGCCAAGAUCUCCCACGAAGGAGCCGAGAUCUCCCACGAAGGAACCAAAAUCUCCUACGAAGCAGCCGAGAUCUCCUACGAAGCAGCCAGAGCCCGAGCCACGCGACCAGGAAGCGUCUGUCCCGGCGGAAGCUGCUGAUCGGCGACCAACUACGGUCGGGAAAUCGACCGUGGUGCACAAGCCGAAGGAAGAAGAGCGCAAAGAGAACGAGGAGGAGGAGGCUCCUGCGGCUAAGGCGAAGCCGCAGCAGCAGCAGAGCAGCAGCACCAAGGACGACUCGGAAGGAGAAGAGUCUCAAGAGGAAACCCAGGCCCCCGCUUCAAAGGUCGCCCGCAGCGGAAGCGCGGACGGCAGCGACGGCACCGGUGGUGAGGAGCCCCGGCACGUCGGCAGGAAGCGGUCGGGCGUCACCCGCUUUGAGCCCAGCAUGGACCCCGACCGAAAUCGACUCGGGCAGCGCCCCGAGAGGCACGAGCGCCAGGCCGCGGUGCUGGCGACCAAGCGGCUCGCCGCGAGUGCCCCGAUCCGGCGGGCAGGCCGUGGGCGGGGGCACGAUUCCGGGGGCGGCAGAGGGAGGGGGGGGGGGCGGCGGGGGCGGGGGGGAGGAGGAGGGCGAGGCGGUGGGUCAAGAAGCGUCGCGAAAGAGCACCACGAGGUGGAGUCUGAGGAGGAGGAGGAGGAGGAUGAAGAGGAGGACGACGCGGACGACUUGGAGUGGGUCCAGUGCGAUAACUGCGAGGAGUGGUGGACGCUGCCGAGCACCCUGAGCGCCGACGCCCUCCCGGACGUGUGGCACUGCCGCAUGCAGAACUGGGGAAAGCCGGUGGUGGAUUGUUUUCUUCCAAAACAACCACCGCCCCAGCGCGAGGCUCCUGCCAUCGGCCCAUCGAAAAGGUUCCCACACCCCGCCAACGGCCCGGAACCACGGCAGCAACAGCAGCAACCGGCGGCGGCGUUGCGUCCUCCCCCGGUGCACGCGGCGGCAGUAGCAGCGGCAGCGUUGGUGGCGCAGACGCGGCCCGUGCUGCAGUUUCCUCCGGCCCUCACCGCGGAAAACCAGAGGGCGGCGGCGGCCGGGACCACGAUCGACGACAGGCCGACCACCACCGGCACCGCUGCCCCGAUCAGACGCAAGAGGAGGCGGGAGGGCGGCGGCGGCGGCGCGCACGUGGGCUCCGGCUCCGACGACGACGGUGCCGGGUUGGCGGGAGGGCGGGACGCAGGGGCGGGGGGGAGCCAGGGAGUGCCGGAAGCUCGAGCCAGACCGAACGGCGUGGGGGUGUCGUCGUGCCGGGGAAGGGGGAGGAAGGGCAGCAGCGGCGGCGGGGGCAGCAUGGGGAGGGACGCCGUUGCUUCGCUCCUCAGGGCCGCGGAGUCUAGCCGGGGCGAGAUCGCGCCCGCGCCACCGAAGGUUAGGUCGGGAGGGCGAGGCGGGGCAGCAGCGGCGGCGGCGGCGGCGGCGGCGUCGGGCAUGCAUGCGGCGGCUCGCUCCGAUGGUGGUGGCGGAGCGGUUUUCGAAGCCCCUCCGAAGGCUGACCAGUGGGUGAUGUGCGACUACGCCCACUGCGGGAAGUGGAGGCGCGUCCCUCCUGGUGUGAGCGUGCAGGGUAUCGACAAGUGGUACUGCCACAUGGGCACCUGGAACCCAUCUGCAAGCUGCGAGCAGCCCGAGGACAGCACCUCGAUCCCAACCCCGGCGACCAACGGCACCGCGGGCGGCAGGUCCUUCGUCGUGAGAGGCGGGGCCGGGAGCAGAGGCGGCGGUGCCAGUGUUAGAGGCCGCCGAAUCGGCUCCCGAGCUCGCGCUGCGUCGGAGUCGGUCGACGCGUCGGACGAGAGGGCCUGGAGGAGGGAUCCGGGCUCGGGGAGCGGGCUGGAGCGACACGAGUCGGACGCCGGGUCUCGUGGCGGCGGGAGGGGUCGGGGCAGGUCGAAGAAAGACGACGUGUUGUGGGUGCAGUGCGACCGGUGCCUGCGGUGGAGAAAGCUGGCGCUCGGCAUGCGGCUGGAGAACCUGCCCGACAAGUGGUACUGCAAGAUGAACACCUGGAGCCCGGCGAACCACUGCAGCUACCCGGACGAGUACGACGCCGAGACGAAGCAGGCCAAGGGGGAGAGGGACCAGGCCGCGGCGGGCGGCGGCGGCGGCAGCAGCGGCGGCGGGGGCGGCGGCGGCGGGGCCAGAGCUUCCGGCGCUGGCGGGGGGGGGCUCCUGUCGAGGGGCGCCGGCGGCGGGCUGCAGAAGGCGAACGGCCGCCUCUCGUACCGCGAGAUCCUGUUCAACAACGACGGGAAACUCAGGCCCCCCUACUCUGCUGGGCCGUGCGCGAGCGCGUCCGCCGGGUACCUCUUCCCGAAGCCUGCUGGCGGCACGGCGGCUGUCCCGAGAGCGAGUUCCCGGAUGGACGAGACGAGUUCAACACCCCGCAACGAUUUCUACUUUUCGGAGAGAUACUGCCCAGCUACGGCCACCGGCCCGGGUAGGCCUGCGCCGCCGCUUGACCUCCUCACCGCUUCCCUCAAGCUCACCGGUCAGCACAAGCUAUCGCUCGGGAGGUUUCGGGAUGUGGACGAGGUCGGAGCCACGGCCAAGGCCAACGGAGAGCAAGCGAGCGCCGGCAGAGCAGGAGGCGUUGUUGAGGGCGGGGCGGCGGCGGCGGCGGCGGCGAGUACGGUCACCGCCACAAGCGACGCCGUUUCUCCUUCGACGUCGUCGACGACACGCCCGGAAGGCGCGACGGCAGCGGCUCUGUUAGCGGCAAUGCGGGAGCGGCCGUGGGAAGGCAGGCCCAACGCCGGUUCCGCUCAAGACUGGGCGGAGUGGCUGGAGCACCUGGCGCCGACCCUGGAGCGGCACCUCCGGUGGCUUGUGGUCGACGGGCUGGCGGCGCAGUUGGACGGGGCGGGCGAGAGGGAGGCGCGGUUCGUGGCCGUCGUGAAGGAGGACGAGGAGGCGGCGGUGGAACCCGGCGGGCCCGAGUCUGCCGCCCCCGGCGCGGGGGCAAGGGUGGCCGCCGCCGUGGCAACGGGGACGUCCGGCACAGCGGGGGCAGGAGCGUCGUCGAUGCUGGCCGGAGGCGUGCGGAUCAUGAAGUCGAGGCCGAUCAAGAUGGUGAAGCCGUGGAGGUGACGGCGAGGCAUGGGCGCGGGGGGGGGGGGGCAUCCUCCUUUUUUCGGGAGGGUUGGGGGGGGGAAGGGAGGGAUGCGGCGACGGGACCUAUCUGCCGAGAGGAAGGAUUGGUGGUCCCAAAAGUCCCAAAAAUUGAAUACUAUACUGUGGUCAUAUAUUGUGUCUUAUUUUGUCUGUGGUGUGUUGAGACACGUGGUGUGCGUUUUUCAGAACUACUGCUUUUGCACGUGUGCGUGGUUCUUCUUCGAUUCGCUUGCGUUUUUUUUUUUUUUCUGUUCCAGGGCUUUGGUUUGGCACGCGAGAGCACGCGGUGGGCGGGGCCGCCGCGACUUUCUUGACCGUUGUGCGCAGAGGCGUCAUAGUGUUGCUUGAUUGCUUCACCUCGAAGAGAACGCAAAAUUUCGUCCACCAUCCCACCCCCGCGUAGCCCUACCGUGUGUGUGUGUGUGGUUAUUCUGACGUAUAAACUCGUUCGUGUUGGCUUGUGAGUUUGAUUGUUUUCAAAGUGCUCGGCUGGCGGGGAGUUUGUGAGAAGCCACGUGCUAGGACAUCGUUGUACAUGAGACGCAGUGAGAUAGAUUUUAUAUGUUGAUGAUUUCUGCACGAGGUACGAUAAGCAGGUGAUC